UCGAGUUGAGCAUUUGUUUUGAGACGCGCACGCGAGCUACUCUCUAAGCGGGUUUUGUGUUUCUUAUUCACAGAGCAGCUGCCUGUCAGUCUGCCUGCCUGCCUGCCGCUUCGCUUACUUGUGCUUGACUACACGUUUUUCAGUGUGUUUUAGACGUUGCGGGAGAGUUGGCUUUGUGAGUUGGUGACCGCAUUUGGAAAAUACCGCCGUAGUUCUUUAUAAGAAGAACAAACAAAAAUCGAAAAAUUGUAAUAAAUUUCUUAAACCAAUAAGUGGAUUCAUUUAAAAUUUCUGUGUGCAAGCAAAAAUUUGCUUUUUAAAUCAGCAAAAUGAAGCGCACACUUGCGUAAGUCCACGUGCUCAAUACAUAAAUAAAAGGAUCAUUUGCUAACAAGAUAUGCACUGAGAAAAUAUUCAAAAUUUUAUGUAACAACGUGCAAGCGUUCGUGUACAAAGGUGCGAAGUUAAAGCAAAAACUCCGAGCUUCAAGCUCGCCAUUGUAAAACAGUAUAGUGUCUAGUGAAAGUCAAACACCAGCCAAAGUUUUAAAAACAAAAAACCAAAACACAUUUACGAUCUAAAGCUAAAAAUGUCUAAGCCACACCCCAUGGAGAUAUCCAAUAUGGAUGUGGAAUUCCACGAGCGCAAAGCAGAACCCUUUGUGCUGGGUAGAUUUCUGUAUAAUUCACAGGAGGGUACGGUGAUGGGACGUGACCGCACUUCGUGGGCAAAGAUCGGCAUUUUCUACACAGCCUUCUAUGGUGUAUUGGCUGCACUGGUGGCCAUUUGUAUGUGGGUAUUCUUUCAGACGCUUGAUCCGCGCAUACCCAAAUGGACUUUGGAUAGUUCCAUAAUCGGCACAAAUCCAGGUCUUGGCUUUCGCCCAUUGCCACCAGAGGAUAAUGUUGAAAGUACGCUGAUUUGGUACAAAGGUACGCAGCACGAGAACUACAAGCACUGGACGGAUUCAUUGGAUGAGUUCUUAGCAGUCUACAAAGUACCUGGCCUCACCCCCGGCCGUGGUCAGAAUAUCUACAACUGUGACUACAAUCAACCGCCACCAAAGGGACAAGUUUGCGAUGUGGACAUUAAGACGUGGACUCCCUGCACCAAGGAGAACAAUUACAGUUACCACAAAAGUUCACCAUGUGUCUUCUUGAAAUUGAAUAAAAUUUAUGGCUGGAUACCGGAGUACUAUAACGACUCGAAAGAUUUGCCCGUUAAUAUGCCAACGAGUUUGAAAUCCUACAUCAAUGAAAUUGAAACAUCGCAAAAUCAUAAGUUGAACACCAUUUGGGUUUCAUGCGAAGGCGAGAAUCCUGCUGAUCAAGAAAAUAUUGGCCCCGUCAAUUACUUGCCAAUUCGUGGCUUCCCCGGCUACUUUUAUCCCUAUCAGAACUCUGAGGGUUAUCUCAGCCCGCUCGUGGCUGUGCACUUCGAGCGACCGAAGCGUGGCAUCAUCAUCAAUGUCGAAUGUAAGGCAUGGGCACGCAACAUCAUACACGAUCGCAAGGAGCGAUUAGGUUCCGUGCACUUCGAGUUGCUGAUCGACUAACAGAGUGUGGGCAAGAUUUUCAAUGUCUAUAACAUCUAGAGAGCAACAAAACGAGGCCACAAACGUUGCGUCACACAGGAGCAGCAUAGAUUUUUCAGCAUUAUUGUAAACAUAAAAAACUUAUAAACAUAUUUAUAUACCAAGGAGCUAUGCAGUCGAACGAUUACUCUCUAUUAUAAAUACAAACACACACACACACAUGCAUACAAAAAUAGGAAAAAAACACUGAAUUUUUAGAACAAUGCAAAGGUUCUAUAUUAAUGAAAAUUACUGCUAUUUUUCUAAUUUUAUUUAUCUACUUGAUUUCCGUUAGUUUAUGUGAUUGCUUUUGUUUAUCUUUUAAGAAGACAAUGUAACUAUGUGUAAAAAUAUGAGAAGAAGAGAAAAAACCAAUUAUAGAAAUCGUUAAAUAAUACCAAAUGUAUGUACUUUCGAUCACUGUAAAUCGAUUUUCUCUAUACUUUAUGCCACAAAUACGAGAAUGACGUACAACAACUGUGCAAACUCUUGACAAAUCCAAUUCCUUCUAGGCAAACCGUAAAUCCCCAAUCGAAGCAUAACUUAAAUCUCAAAUAUGGAUUGUAAAUAUCUACAGAAGUAUCCAUACGCAUACAUACAUAUAUACAUAUAAAAGAGUACCAAAUGCAAGUAGUACGAAUUUUAGCUUUUUCUCCAAAUAUACAAAUGUAUGUAUGUGAGUAUUCUCCGAAAAUUUUAAUUUACUGCUUUUAGGGGCGCUCAUCGAAAUUCACUUACAUUUACGAGAGUCUUGCACUGCACUGAACGUGCAUACAUACAUACACACAUACAUACAUACGUUAUGCAUGCACACACACACUUUUAUCGGUCGACUUUUGACAAACAAAUUUUUUUGACUUUAAGCGGCGUGGAUUUGGGUUCAAUAAAUCUGCUCGUUCAUAGAAAAAUUCAAUAUUUACGCGUAUAGCCGCACUCAACUUUUCUCUUCUGUAUUGAAGUUCAGAUAUCCCAUCAGAGCUAAGUUGUGUUAAGUCGCCUUAAGUUGUUUUGUCAAAGCUACACAGAUAUUUUAUUGUAUUUUAAGUUAACUGCCAUUGUUAUUUUGACGAUUUCCAGUAUUGAACCGCAAAUAAUUUGGUACAAAAGUCAGUGGUUUACAGAUGAAGCAAAUUAUUUCAUUUAGCAUAAGUUGAAUUUGAGUUGUUGUUGCUUAAAAAUUGAAUAAAUAAUUAAAAAUACAAAAUAAAGACGUAAAUAAAAUUAAAAAAAAUUAAAGAUUUUAUAAGCGAAGCUUUAUAGGAAAACGUUAAAAUUUAUGGAAAGAAAAUUCGAAAUAAAGGCAUGCGAAUAUUAUCAAAACGGCGCUUUAGUGCUACUUGGGGAGUGCCAAACGGGUACCCAUUUGGGUCAGCCACUUCAGCUACCUAUAUUCGAAUAUUAUGCGAAACUAUUAAUUGCGGUGGGGCUUGAGAUUUCAGAAAAUACAUUACGUACAUACAUAUACAUAUCGCACCCUAAAUACAAAAGGGUCACAACUCAAAAUUUUCCACACUCGAGCUUGACUUGUUUACAGUAGCACAGAAAACAAACUAUGUGACAUAUCACGUUGAAAUUUGCCAUGUAAGCUUAUAACAGUCCUACCAAAAAACAAAAAAUGUAUUUUUGCCAUAUGUCAUCCGCGGACCGUUUUAUUGAUAACGUCUCAUUCAUAUUUGAGCAGAAGUACAUUUUGAGUUGUGACUCUUUUGUAUUUAGGGUGCGAUAUGUAUACUGACAUACAACAUGAAGGAAUUAAAAAAUUUCGAAAAGUGCGAUAAUUUGAAUAAAAACUCGUAGCGAGACAUUUUUUCACACACAUGAAACUUCAUUGAGAAGUCAUUGGCAUGAUGCGAAAGACUUUCAUGGCUACCAACGAAAUUUCGGGAUCCCGAUCUCGGCUUGUCCGCAGGCAACAACCUUUGCGUCAAUUGAAUCUUAUGCGGGAAUACAUGCAAAUCAAUGCGGAUAAUUCAUUGUAAAGUGGUCCGAGCAAUGCCCAACUGCUGAGAAAGGCGAUUUUGGAAUGUCCUUGGCGACGUCUCAAUACUGGCCCGUACAAGAGCAAUAUUCUCAUCCGAUCGCCAUGGUAGGUUUUGAUUUGGCAUCACCAGUCGAAAAGCUUUCGUACAAACGUUUAAUGGUGUUCUUAGAAGGCGCACUUUUCACAUUAUUUAAUUUUUUAUAUGCACGUUGAGUUUUCACAAUUGACUUCUUUUGUUGAAUGUAAAUUUCAACAAUUUGGGAGCGCUCGUGUGGCGUGUACUGUUCCAUGGUAAAAAUCUGCUUGGACUGGCGCUUCCAAUGCGGUAUGUCAUUAAGCGAUCUGACGUCUCUGUCAAAAGAUACAGAGUUGCCAUAUGGGUCCGUCGAAUAUUAACAACACGUAUACCUAUGUAUGCAGAUAUGUACAUAAGUAUGUCACUGCUACAGACCGACAGAUUCAUCAGUCAAAAGAUACGAAAUUUCAAAAUCGGUAUUUCACAUUCCAAGUAAAAACGUCAGGAGAAAAAGUCCAGGUGCUUAUAAAGAUUUCAAUAGGAAACUGGAAAUUCGGAAUUCCUUUUAAACAAAUAUAUAUGUUCGAAAAUUCGAUAUAACAAACUCCGAACCUUUUUCUCGAAAUUUCUCGUCACAGAAAAACAGAAAGUUAAAGAAAGCGAGUACCAAAAUGCGCAAUUGCAAAGAAAAAUGUAGAAAUAUUUAUGAAAAAAUAAAAAAAAUCAGCAAAUGAAAUUUUGAAGAUUUUCUUGUUUUUUUUUCAGGGAUAAAAAAGUAAAUGAUUUUGAAACUUUUAUAAUUUCAUGUCAUAAAAUCCUUUCGCUACUAUUUUUAACAAAAGUUUUCGCUAUUACAGAAGGGUGGUAAUCAAUUUUUAGAAGAAAAACAGUUCAGUUGCAAAGAAAAAUGUAGAAAUAUUUAUGAAAAAAUUAAAAAACAAAUCAGCAAAUGGAUCGUUGAAACUUUUAUAGUUUUUUUUUAAGUGUUAAAAACGAUUUUGAAAACCCGAUAAUUUUAUGUUAUGAAUUCUUUCCAUAUUCUUUAUUCCAAAAUUAUUC